UUGAGAGCCAUUCUUGCAUAUCGCUUACUGCACAAACUUUGUGUGGUUGUGCGCCGGGUGGAGCGGCAAGCCAACAUGGAGGACUCGAGCAUGUUCAUGCAGUGGGCCAUGGACACGCUGCUGAACGAGCACCCGGAGCCUGCCAUCGGCGACGGCUGCGGCGAGACAACGUUCCCCUCGCUCCAAGCGAUGCGCGACGCCUCCCUUGCCGUGGAAAUGGUCCGGGAGCUGAUGGCCGACGAAGCCAAUGCGGCCAACAGCUGGAGCUCCGGCGACGGCGACAUCACAGACGACGGCAGCACUGUUCCAGCACCAGAUGCGACCAGGGAUUGCUAUGGCUCGUUCAGGCGUGCGCCGCCGCCGCUGCCGAGCAGCAGCAGCACCAACCUGCCGGUGGUGAGCUGGAACUUCGUCACCGGCUCGGCGCAGCCUGGCACUGGCAACGGCGGCAUGCUGGAGGGGACCGCCGCCCCACGCAGCUUGCCGGAGCUGGUCCACGGGUCACCGCCGACGAAAAGAACCUCUCCGAAAAGCUCGGGAGCCGCAUCGUCGGCGUCGUACGCGCCGGACCACAUCGUCGCGGAGCGCAAGCGCCGGGAGAAGAUCAACAAACGCCUGAUCGAGCUCUCCACCGUCAUCCCUGGCCUCAAGAAGAUGGACAAGGCAACGAUCCUCUCCGACGCGGCCAAGUACGUGAAGGAGCUCCAGCAGCGUCUCAAGGCCCUGGAAGAGGCCGCCGCCGGCAGCAACGCCGCCCGGCGGAGCAACGAAACCGUGGUGCUCCUCAAGAAGCCGCGCAACGCCGCCGUCGCGGCGCCCGACGAGAAUGGCUCCCCGUCGUCGACGACGUCGGCGUCAUCGGGGCCACCGAAACCGGCGCUUCCAGAGAUCCAGGCAUGGUUCUCGGAGAAGAGCGCAAUGGUAAGAGUCCACUGCGUCAGCGGCAAGGGAGUGGCCGUGACGGUGCUCGCCGAGGUCGAGGAGCUCGGGCUCAGCAUCGUCCAUGCCAAUGUCAUGCCGUUCUCGGCCUGCACUAUGAUCAUAACCAUCACGGCCAAGGUGGAGGAGGGCUUCACCAUGACAGCGGAGGAGGUCGUAGGCAGGUUGAACUCUGCAUUAUCACACCUGCAGCAUAGCAACUGCAAUGAUACUGAAGAAACAGGAAAUUGACUAAAUUAAAUUAAAGGCAUCAGAGUGCAACACGGUGGAUAUAUCUAGGUACAUAUGCAUAAUGCAUGGGAACUUUUUGUAAAUAAGUUUGCUGCUUGGAUUUAAUUUUUCCCCCUUGGUGUGACCCCUUGUCACGUAGCUGCUGCGAACUGAUGCUAUCAAGUUGAUGUAUAUACGAGAAUCCCUGCACCACAUGUCUUGCAAUUUGCAACGAGCAAGCUGAAGCAUCAACACCGAUGAAUAAUCCACGAUGACUUACAGAUCAAGUACAGAGUGGCCCCGUCAAAUGAAAAGGUGUCAUCACUAUAUGCAAAUUCACACAUGUUUCUCUUUUUUUUGUAAAAUGUCUGUGCAUGUACUAUAGUACCGAGCUGUUCGAUAUAUUAAUGCCUGUAAUAAUGAAUACAUAUCCUAUAAUGAGAUCGAGUUUAUUGUA